CAGUGGGUGGAAGCUCAAGCAAAGACAAAAACUGUUUCUGCUUCAGCCAUCAGAGGUCCACAGUUGCAGCGAGAAAGCUGGAUGGAAUCUCCACUAGAUUUAAUUCCAACCACAUCCAAACAAGAACUUAGAGAUGCAAUAAAUAAACAGAAGGAAGAUGCCAAAAAGGAGGCAGAAAAGCUGCUGGAGCCUGGACGCAAUGCCAGGGAAUUAAAUCCUUACUGGAAGGAUGGUGGCACAGGUAUGCCUGAAGAAAACCCAGACAAACACAAGCAGAACAGAUCAUCUGUGCUUUUGGCAAGCGCUGCAGGAGAUGGAGGCUUAUCAUGGUUACGCAAAGCAUAUGAUCGCUGCAAGCAACAAGCUUUGGAUGAAGGCAGAAGUCUUGAGGAAGUUGCUGCAGAAAGAUGGGGAUCCUUGAAGAAACUGGAGUCAAUGAUUAGAGAGGCUGAGAGGCAUCAGAAAGGUGGUGGUAGAUUGGAGUCAUGGAGAGAUACAAGAAGUGAUGAUAGGAGAGGAGAGAAGGGCAACUAUAAACAAAAAGAUGACAUGUUAAAUGGUGCUAAAGAUAACAGAGAUGGUAGAGAAAGCAGAGAAAAAGAGAGCAACAGACAAUGGGAGAAAAGUAAGGAAGGAGAUAGAGGUGAAUUGCAAGGCUCAAUUUCUGAAAGAAACAGAGAUAGAAGUGGCUACAAAGGCAGUAGAAAUGACAAAGAUGAAGAUGCUAACAGAUUGAAGAAGGCUGACAAAUUACAGAAAACAAACUUUCAGCGUCCUUGUUCAGGAAGUGACAGUGACACCACUCCUCGGAGAUCUGGAAGGAACAAAGAUAGAAGUGGCUACAAAGGCAGCAGCAGUGACAAAGAUCAAGAUGCUAACAGACCGAAGAAGGCUGACCAGUUACAGAAAACAAGCUUCCAGCGUCCUUAUUCUGGAAGUGAAAGUGACUCCAGCCCUCAAAGGUCUGAAAGAAAUAGAGACAGCCAUAGCUACAAAGGCAGCAACAGUGACAAAGAUCAAGAUGCUAACAGACCGAAGAAGGCUGACCAGUUACAGAAAACAAGCUUCCAGCGUCCUUAUUCUGGAAGUGAAAGUGACUCCAGCCCUCAAAGAUCUGAAAGAAAUAGAGACAGUCAUGGCUACAAAGGCAGCAACAGUGACAAAGAUCAAAAUGCUAAGACCCUCAGGAAGGCACAUUUUUAUAGUAACAGACAUCACAGCAAUGAAAGCAGAACAAGACAUAGUCAGCCUGAUGGCAAACAACAAGAACAAGACAGAAAUUCAAGCAGCAGUCUGCCUCGAUGGAAGAGAAAAACAGAGUUUGUAGCAAAUCGGAAUGAGGAAAAGAAUGAAAGAAAGAAGAAAACAGAAGGUAAACAGAGUUCAGGAAGUAAGAGCAGAAGCAAUCACAAACGGUCCAAUAGCAGCAGUGACUCAGAAAACAAUGAUUCUUCAAAGGAUGAAGAACAGAAUGAGCCUACUCAGAUCACUCCUGCUCGAGUGUUGUCAGAGGAGGAGCUGAAUGAACUAGCAGCCAAAAUUUUAAGAGCAGAAAUCAUGGGUGAUGAUGCGACAGCUGCAGACCUAAAGCUUCAGUUGGAGAAUGCUCGGAAAGCUAGAGAUGCCAGCAAGUCAGAGAGUGGAGCGUUAGCACCAGACUUUUCUCACAGGAGAAGGGAUGAGGCAGGAAAGAUAAGGGGAGGGAGAAAGAGAAAAGAAGAGGAAGAAGAUAAUGUUGUGGUUUUGUCUCGCACCAGCAAGGGUGGUCUUGUUCGGCCUGUCGUGGGUGCCUCUGAUGAUAGUAGGGCUGCAGGUGGAAAACGCAAGAAAAAUGUGGUGACUCAUGACAGCAAAGGGGAGAGAACUAUAUAUUUUGAUAAUGACGACAAGUUGGAUCUGAAAACAAUGGUUGAGCAAGAAAAAGCAGGAACAGCUGAGGACCAGAAUGCAAUGUUUGCCAGACUGGCAGGAAGGUCUAAUGACAGAGAUCUGGACGUUGAUGACAUGUUUGUGAGCAAAGCUGCCAGAAAGCAGAAUGAGGAACAAGCUGUAGCCAGGGACAGGAAUGCAGCCAUAUUUGAGCAUAAAAAGCUUAAUGCCUCAAUGGAAAACUGCCAUAGAUGUUUUAGUAAAGUGUCCAAGCACCUGAUUAUUGCAAUUGGAACAAAGAGUUAUCUCUGCUUGCCCCACCAUCGCUCUUUGACGGAUGGACACUGUUUUAUUGUUCCAAUGCAACACGUUUCUGCAGCUACCAGUAUGGAUGAGGAUGUCUGGCAAGAGAUACAGCUGUUCCGAAAAAGCCUGGUGCAGAUGUUUGCUGCUAAAGGUGAAGACAUGGUCAUUAUGGAGACUGUAAAGAACCUGAAGCAUUUCCCCCACACUGCAAUAGAAUGUGUACCGCUGGACAAGGAAUUGGGUGACCUGGCCCCUAUUUACUUCAAGAAAGCAGUUCAAGAAGCAGGGCCUGAGUGGUCAGAUAACAAGAAACUGCACAGUUUGAGCAACAAGGAUGUCAGACACGUGAUUCCCAAAGGUUUCCCAUACUUCAGUGUAGACUUUGGCUUACAGGGAGGCUAUGCAACUGUUAUUGAAGAUGAGAGCAGGUUUCCAGCUUACUUUGGACGAGAAAUAGUUGGAGGAAUGUUGGAUGCAGAGCCCACUUUAUGGAGGAAACCUCAUAACGAGAGUUUUGAAGACCAGCGGAAGAAAGUGUUGCAGUUUGCCCAGAAGUGGAAGCCUUAUGACUGGACUCAGACGUUAGUUGCAGGAGAGUGA